UUGCAUUCACGUUGUGACAACCGUCUUUUCUCAAUCAUCAUUUCAACACAUCCCCUCUCUCUCCCUCUCACACACACUAGCACACACAGUGGUGAAAGAAAGCUUUCAUCUUGUGGUUAUGGCAGGAAGGAAGAGAAGGAGACUCAAAUUGUUAUCAGUAACAUUUAAAAAUGAUACAAAAGUGUCAACAAAGGGAGAUAUUGAACAAGAAGAAGAAGAAGAAGCAUGGUCUUUCCUUCCAGUUGAACUCCUUGAAUUCAUAAUAUCCCAAUUAACACUAAAAGACAACAUUCGCACAUCAGCAGUUUGCAAAAGAUGGCUCUCAGUUGCUGUAUCAGUGAGAGUAGUGAACAAGCCACCAUGGCUGAUGUACUUCCCAAAACUCGGACACCGUUUCGAAUUCUAUGAUCCAUCACAACGCAAAACAUACUCUCUUGAAUUACCCGAAUUACACGGAUGCAGAAUUUGCUACAACAAAGACGGAUGGUUGUUACUCUACAAACCAAGAACACAAAGAGUCCUCUUUUUCAACCCCUUCACACGCGAAAUGAUCAAACUCCCAAGAUUCGAAAUGACAUACCAAAUUGUCGCCUUUUCCACAUCCCCAAAAUCUCCAAACUGCAUAGUCUUCACAGUCAAACAUGUCAGCCCAACCGUGGUGGCCAUCAGCACGUGCCACCCUGGCGCCACCGUGUGGACCACAGUCAACUACCACAACCGGUUGCCAUUUGUCAGCAGUAUUUGGAACAAACUUGUGUUCUGUAAUGGGGUGUUCUAUUGUUUGAGUUUAACAGGGUGGCUUGGGGUGUAUGACCCGCAUGAGUUGACAUGGACUAUCCGUAUUGUCCCUCCGCCCCGGUGUCCGGAUAAUUUCUUUGUGAAAAAUUGGUGGAAAGGGAAGUUUAUGGCAGAGCAUAAAGGUGACAUCUUUGUUAUCUACACUUGUUAUAGUGAAAACCCGAUUAUUUAUAAGUUGGAUCAGGGUAAUAAAGAAUGGAUUGAAAUGAAAAGUCUUGAAGAUUUUAUGGGAAACGGUGUAUAUCGUAUUCUUUGGAUCAUUGUCGAUAUUACCCCCGUAAGCAGUGUCAUGAUUGGGGCGAACAAGAUCCGUUUGAGAGCAUAUGGGUCGAACCACCUGAAGAUGUCUCAAAAUUCAGCUGGGAAGAUUAGUCAAUCAGUGUGAUUAGAGAAAUGAUGGAGUUGAUUGAUUGCUUCUGAAUAAAAGCAAAAGCAGCAGAAGUUGGGGUUUGGUAUCUGAAUUUAAGUCUGAAUAAAAAUGAAAUAUAUUAAUGGUGGAAAUAACGUGAAAUUAAAUUUAUGUAUGAUUAGGAGAUUAAAUUAAAACUUAAAAGCCAAGCACAUAUUGCAGGCUUCCUAAAGGCAAUUAAUUAAGUUAGGAUAAAAUAAGAAUAUUUUCCUAAUAAUUCAUGCAAUUGCUUGUUUAAAUUUUAAACUAGAACAUAAUGAUUAGAAGUAGAAUAUGAUGGUGCCUACUCUCUUUGCAAUCAUGUUAUUAAUACCAUAAUUGUACAAGUAAUUAAAUCUAUGGCAACUAAAUAAAAAAAAAAUUGAUUCUGA